AUGAACACGUCCAGCUCGCUUCGUCUGCUGCGGCAAGUGCCUCGCCUCAACAGCUUGCGUGCCGCUCCCUCGAGCAUCACCCCAUAUCCGUCCCUCGUCCGACCUUUGUCCUCAACCUCCUCCCGCUGCAUCAAGGUCACUCCUCGCCAAUUUGACAAAGAUGAUCCGUAUCAUAAAGUCUCCACGGAGGCCACCGGUACAUCGGCUGGCCCCCAUGAAGGCUCAGCUGCCCGGACCGAUCGAGACAUUGUGGUGGAAUACCCCCCAGAAGAGGAAUUUCCUCGGGACAGACCGUUGCGCGGAAGAGGAGGGAUCCAAUAUGUGAGGACGUUGCCGACCUUCAGUCUCGAAGGCAGGACGGCGGUGGUGACUGGGGGUGCACGAGGGCUCGGAUUGGUCAUGGGCCAAGGCUUGGUUCAAUCUGGAGCAGAUCUGGCGAUUGUCGAUCUGAACAAGGAGGAAGCUGAAAAGCAGGCCGCAGAACUCAUGUCGAUGAUGACCAAGGAAAACACGGACAGUGGCUCCGAGGACUACGUCCCCAAGGUGACAGCACACUAUGCCGAUGUCUCCGACCCAGAAUCCGUUAAUGCAUGCAUCGCCGAAAUUCUCAAAGAGCACGGCAAAAUCGACCACUUGGUGACCUCGGCCGGCUUCACGGAGAACUUUUCUGCUGAGACCUACCCGUAUGAGCGCAUGAAGAAACUCUGGGGCGUCAAUGUCGACGGGACAUAUCUGUUUAGCACUGCCGUGGGAAGGCAUCUGAUGGAACGCAACAUCACCCACGGGAGUAUUGUCAUGAUUGGCAGCAUGUCUGGUGCAAUUGUCAAUGUACCUCAACCCCAGGCGCCGUACAAUGCGGCGAAGGCGGCGGUUAGACAUCUUGCCGCCAGUUUGGCCGUGGAAUGGGCACACGCUCAUAUCCGAGUGAAUUGCAUCAGCCCUGGUUACAUGUUGACGGCUUUGACCCGCAAAAUCCUGGACGACAACCCAGAGCUCAACAAAACUUGGACAUCCUUGAUCCCCGUCGGCAAGAUGGGUUCUCCUGAGGAUCUCCAGGGAGCGGUGGUAUACCUCCUGAGCGACGCCAGUCGCUAUGUCACGGGUGCAGACUUGCGAGUGGACGGAGGAUACACCUGCACAUAA